AUGCGGGUCUGGCCGUGGCUCGUCGGUGCGGCGCUGCUCGCGGUAGCGGCGGACGCGCGGGCACCCGACGUGCGCGAUGUGCGUGACGAGCUUGCGCGGCACAAGCAUCUGCUACAGAAAGAGGCGCAGCGGCCGUGGCGGCCGGCGGAUGUGCAGCUCCCCCCGCCGCCGACGGCGACGGCGACGGCGACGCCUACCACCACGCCGGGCCUCAUUCCCCGUUUCAUCGGGGGAGCGGUCGUGUACGGCGCGCAGGCCGUUGGCUACACCAUCGGCACGGUGCAGGCCGUGUCGGGGCUCGUGUACGCGCUCCUCGCCUCGCUCGUCUUCAAUCUUGUAUAUAUCCUGAGCGCGACGCUCUAUCCCCCCUGGGCCGUGUCGCGGAAUGCGGCCUCGGUCGUGUCCGUGUACCUGUACGAGCUCGGGGCGCCGGUGCGCUAUGUCGCACACGCCUUCUACCUGCUGUUUGUGCGCUGGCCGAUGCACGCGCUCUCGUCCGUGAUGCAUAUCGUCUACCAGGCCUAUGUGAUCCUCGGCGUGGCCAUAAUCCUCGGCGCGCUGCUUGGCGCCUUUGUCGGCGUGCUGCUCUGUUUGGAGAACCGCUUUGCAGGGAAAGGGUACCAGCUGCCGUGGGUGGAAAAGUACCGCCCUCGGCGGCUCGAGGACGUGGUAGGCAAUGCGCAGACGGUCGACCGCCUGCGUGUGAUUGAAGAGAAUGGCAACUGUCCGCAUCUCCUGGUCUCGGGCCUGCCCGGUAUCGGCAAGACGACGAGCGUGCACUGCCUGGCGCACGCGCUGCUGGGCGACGCGUACAAAGAGGCGGUACUGGAGCUGAACGCGUCCGACGACCGUGGCAUCGACGUGGUGCGCAACAAAAUCAAGGUCUUUGCACAGAAAAAAGUGUCGCUGCCGCCCGGCAAGCACAAGAUCAUUAUUCUCGACGAGACGGACAGCAUGACGCCUGGCGCGCAGCAGGCUCUGCGGCGCACGAUGGAGAUCUAUGCGAAUACGACGCGCUUUUGCUUUGCGUGCAACCAGUCGAACAAGAUUAUCGAGCCGAUCCAGAGUCGCUGCGCGAUUCUGCGCUUUGGGCGCGUCGCCGACGACGAGCUCCUGCGGCGCCUCGUGCAGAUCUGCGACGCGGAAAAGGUCGAGUACGCAGACGAGGGCCUCGCGGCGAUCGUCUUUACGGCCGAAGGCGACAUGCGCCAGGCGGUCAACAACCUGCAGUCGACGUGGACCGGCCAGGGCUUUGUGAGCGCGGACAAUGUGUUCAAGGUGUGUGACCAGCCGCACCCCCUCGUCAUCCGCGAGAUGCUCACGGCGUGCAACAAAGGCGACGUCGACGCGGCGCUCGACAAGCUCGACGAGGUAUGGACGCUCGGCUACUCCUCCCUGGACAUUGUCACGACGCUCUUUCGCGUGGUCAAGACGAUGGACACGCUCCCCGAGCCGGUCAAACUCGAGUACAUUCGCGAGAUUGGCUUCACGCACAUGAAGACGCUCGAGGGCGUCGGCACCCUGCUGCAGCUGAGUGGGCUCGUGGCGCGCCUCGCGCAGCAGGCCAUGAACCCCAAGUUGUUUGUCGUAUGA